UGCUGCUGUAGUACAUUUUAGGACAAAAAGUCUUUUAAAAGCAUGAAAAUAGCAGCAGACGGGUCUCGUUUGCUUUGGCAGAGGGAACAGCUUUCCCUCCCGAGUAGCUCUGGGUAAGACCUAAUCUCCAAAGGUGAUCUUGUAAGGCCCAAGUUCCAAGUGACAGCAGGCGACUCUGCAUUUAAAGUACUCCUUCACUCUUAACCUCCUUGUUAUUUUUGCAAGUUUACUUUCUAGGAAGUAGUUUACAAAUGGCCACCACCCAUUUCCUAUCUUUUUCUCAGGUCAUUCAGCAUCUGAAGCUGCCAGGUGGGAUCAAGAGGCUCUUGUGGGCUUCCUUUGAGACUCCCAAGGGGGGGAUGGUUUCUGCAAGUACAGCGCAUUAGCCCCUGGCAGUUGGAGAAAAGCUGUCUGAGAAAAUCAUGUUCUCUGGCCCUUGGGUGUCUGGCAUAUAUAGUAAGACAUAAAAACAUGCACCCAGCUGGCUCCACAGACUGAUGAAAGUUGGAAAGGGGUUUCUCAUUGUCACUAUAUAGAAAUACCAGCAUUUGUCAGUGGUUUCUUGCUUCUGAAUAGACACUAGAUGGGAACAGAAUGGGAUGGUUAAAUCAGACUGGUCCCUUCUCUCCAGGAAGUCUCAAAGUAGAUUGCAAGUGCCUUGUUGACACUGAUUUUUGGUGCCAGCAUUUGCCUCCUGUGUUUUAGCUCCUCAUUUCACAAGGUUGUUCCUUGGGUGACAGGCUCCCCAUUAGCAGCCAACACAGCAUUCCUCUGAGUGAGCCUUCCUGACCCAACCAGCUGCAGCAAUGAGCCAGCUCGCUCUGGUCUGUUUUCCAUAUGCCAGGGCCUAUUGCUGACCCUGAAGAGAUCAAACUAAGAUGACUACAGAGAGGCAGACCUGCAAAAAUAGUAUAAUCUUUCACCCCUUAUUCAGACUGGAGUAGCCCCCGCUUUCUCUCCUCUUUUACGACUUCUUGUCUUAUUUUCUCUUGGGUCUGAUAGGCUUGGGCAAGAGAGAACUGUUUAUUAAGCAGUCUUGCAAAUUUUGAUCGUUAGCCUCUUUGCAUGCCAAAAAGUGAAGGUGGUCCCAGAACAUUAAACUUGGAAGGACUAGUCUAAACUCCUCAUUUUAAUGUUGGGAUCACACAGACUCAGCGAGGUUAAGUGACUUGUUCAAUGUCCCACACUGCUUAGAGAUACCAAACCAGAACCAAGGCUUCCUGGGAGUUUACUCUGUAUCUCUGGUACACUUAGGUGUUGCUAAUGUACCCAUCUCCAUGGGAGAAAGGUGUAUCUUUGGGACACGUCAUAGCAGAGAAUAGUAGUGAGGCCAGUGAUGAAGAAUGGAGAGUGUAGAAAUCAGACUGCCUGGAUUUGAAUCCCUUUUCCUUUGUAGACUGGCUCUGGGACUGGAGGCCAAAUCCCUUAAACUCUUGAGUUCUCUUCUCUGUAAAAAGAAUUGUAGUAUCUUCCUCAUAUGGUUUGUAGUGGGUUAAAUGUGACAGUUAACGUGAAUCCCCUCAGUACAUAUGUGUAAUUUAAAAGAUACCACUAUUACUAAAUGUUUUAAAUCUCCUUUCCACAUGGACCAACCAGAUUGACCCUUUGACUCUUGAUUCUUUCCUUUCCAUGUGGUGUUUCCAGUCAUUUAAAGACCAAACAAGACCCGCUUCUCUGAAACUUUCCCACAGGGUGAACUUUGGAGUCUGACAGGCUGGUUUUAUUUCCUAGUUCCCCUGCUUAGUAGUUAAGAAACCUCGGUUUGCUCAUCUGUAAAAACUCUGACAAGCUCUAGGUGUCUGUGAGGUCAAAGGCGGAUGAUACAUAGGAAGCGUGCAGCCCUGUGCACAUCACACACAUCACUUCCCCUUAGUCAGCCCUCCACCUUUCUUUCCGUAACACUAAUUCACACACCUCUCUCCUUUUCCUGUCUCCAGUCACCCUGUGUCCUUCUGUGGUUUAGCCCGUCAUGGUCAUUAUCUUCCAUAACAGGUAGAUAGUAAACCUGAGAAGACCCAGGGACUUACCUGAUCUCUCUUCACGAAACUGCCUACAGGAUAGAUCAGCUCCUGAUCCCUCUUUGGAGCCAGAGCAUCCACAGGGACCACAGCCUCUGGGAUCGCCCCUGGCCAGCAGUGCCAGCUCCAGGCAUGGGGCCAGGCAGGCAGCCAAGCCCAUCCCCAUGAACAGCAGCCAGGGCUGGUACUGUGAGGGGGGGGAGGGGAGACUAGGGCUGAUGUGCAGAGAGGGAGGAUGACAGAAUCAUUUGGAGCCGAGAUUGAAGGAGAAAAGCUGGAGGCUGAUUGUGGUCCAGCAUAAACUGAGCUGAGAGAUAACUGGCAUCAAUCUUUCAGGUUGGCUAGCUCCUCUGGCUGAUGGCAUGUUGAGGCACAUGGGCCAGUGGCAGCGAGGGCAUCUGAUCCAGAGGGGGCCACUCUAGAGGCCAGGCCACCAGCACCAUGGGCCAGUGCGUCACCAAGUGCAAGAAUCCCUCAUCAACCCUGGGCAGCAAGAAUGGAGACCGUGACCCCAGCAGCAAGUCACACAGCAGGCGGGGUGCAGGCCACCGCGAGGAACAGCCACCAGCCUGUGGCAAGCCAGGUGGGGAUAUCCUUGUCAAUGGGACCAAGAAGGCAGAGGCUGUCACCGAACCCUGCCAGCUGCCAACGUCCUCUGGAGAUGCUGGGAGGGAGCCCAAGUCCAAUGCCGAGGAGUCUUCCCUGCAGAGGUUGGAAGAACUGUUCAGGCGUUACAAGGACGAGCGGGAGGAUGCAAUUUUGGAGGAAGGCAUGGAGCGCUUUUGCAAUGACUUAUGUGUUGACCCCACGGAAUUUCGAGUGCUGCUCUUGGCUUGGAAGUUCCAGGCUGCUACCAUGUGCAAAUUCACCAGGAAGGAGUUUUUUGAUGGCUGCAAAGCAAUAAGUGCAGACAGCAUUGAUGGGAUCUGUGCACGGUUCCCUAGCCUCUUAACAGAAGCCAAACAAGAGGAUAAAUUCAAGGAUCUCUACCGGUUUACAUUUCAGUUUGGCCUGGACUCUGAAGAAGGGCAGCGGUCACUGCAUCGGGAAAUAGCCAUUGCCCUGUGGAAACUAGUCUUUACCCAGAACAAUCCUCCAGUAUUGGACCAAUGGCUAAACUUCCUAACGGAGAACCCCUCGGGGAUCAAGGGCAUCUCCCGGGACACUUGGAACAUGUUCCUUAACUUCACUCAGGUGAUUGGCCCAGACCUCAGCAACUACAGUGAAGAUGAGGCCUGGCCAAGUCUCUUCGAUACCUUUGUGGAGUGGGAGAUGGAGCGAAGGAAAAGAGAAGGGGAAGGGAGAGGUGCACUCAGCUCAGGGCCCGAGGGUUUGUGUCCCGAGGAGCAGACUUAGUGGCUCUAUCCCAGGAGCAGCAGCAGCAGCAGCCGCAGCAAGGAUCUGCCUGCUGCUCUGUAGCCAACUGAGGGAUUGGACCUUUCUGGAAAUUACUGAAGAUCCAGAUAUUUUCUACUUUACACCUUUCUCUGCCUUGUAUCUGAAAGGGCUCUAAAAUGCUGUAUCAUGUUUUAGGCACUUUCUUCACUUUUUGGUUAUUUUGGUUAUUUCUUUUUUUGGGGGGGUUCCCCCAAAAUAUUUGAACCUGGCUACAUGUUGUGUAUCUUUUUUUUGAAGCCUUCAGAUAGAAUAAGCCUGCCAUUUCUUGCACAAAUUAGAUUUUUUUUUUUUUUUUGUGGGGGGGGGGGUAGAGCGCAGGGGGGGGGGAAUGGGAUGGUUAGGUUGAAUUAACAUUACAAGAUGAUACAGUGCCAGAUCUCAGUUUUGCAUAUUCUGUUUUUCAGGGCAGGUCUGUACUGUGUGUAGUGCUGUUUACAUGGUUGGAUUUAGGUUAUAAUAAUUAUUUUAAAAGAUUUACACAGAAUUGAAUAGCAGUGUUAACUGUUAACCAUAUUGCAUUAAUUCCCAGGCGAUUUAAAGCUCUUGGAGAGCCAAGGCCAGCCAAGAGCAUUUGUAGUCUGGUGACAACCCCCUUUUAAGCUAAUUUAUCCGAACCCCUUUUCUUUACUUCUUGCUCAUUCCUUCUUUGACCUAUUUCAUUUCAUGUUGCAUUUAUCCAUCAACAUGCUGCACCUGUCAGUCAAGUGAGCAGUUUUUUUUAUACCACAUUGUACUGAGAACCACUUAAGCAUUGAAUGCAGAGAAAGCAGUGCUACCUCAGUUUUGCUGGAAGUAGACUUUGAUAGUUUUCUUUUUUUUUUUUUUGUUAAUUUUUUUUUUUUUUAUGUUUUUGGUUAAAAAAACAUUUUUUUUUUUUUUUUUUUUUUUUUUUUCAUUUGCCUUGGAGCCAAAGUUUCUGUUCCUGGUGGUCGGAAAACUGUGCCUGCCGGCCAACUGACUUGAAGGAAAACUGUGGUAUGGAGCUCUGCUUGAAUUUUUUUUUUUUUUUUAAUUUUUUUUUUGAUUAUCAUCAGCUUACUUGUCUGGCAAGUGCAGAAGCCUGGGACUGGCCUGAACUCUGCCAAACAAAUAUAGAAGUGUAUUUAAUAGUUAAACUUGUGCCCUUUCCCUUCUUGCUGCACCCAUGUUGUCACUUAAUCCCCAGGAGUUAUUUAUUACCUUCUUUGUUAAUGUCAAGCUCAUUUGGGGUAAUGUGAUAACUGUUUAGGUUUACAUGACCCUCCUCUCUUUUUCCCUACCCCCAAAUAUGUAUAUAUACAUAUAUAAGAUAUGUAUAUAUUUUACCUAUAUAAAAUAUAUAUAUAUACACAUAUAUGUAUCUAUAUUCCUUUAUUUCUUUGCCUGCUAAAACUGGCCAUAAAAGAGGGAGCUGCCUUCAAUAUAUAAAGCAUAAGAAGAGUGCCAGGGAAUGUCAUAAAUGGAGGCUUUUGAAUCUGAAUUUGGACCAUUUUCACUAAAGAGAAGAUGAAUUUUCUCAGCCCUUUCCUCAUACGAGGGAGGGCCAGUUCCCCAGACUCCUUUACGUGCUCGCUCCAUAAGGUCUGCUUUGGCCAUACUGCCACACGGGAGCUGACUCUGGUCCUACCCAGUUUCAGUAGAGGGUCCUCUUGUUAUUUUUCCAUUUAAAAAAACGGCCUCAAAAAACUGUACUGGAAGGGUGGGUGGCAGGAACUUGUAUAGUUCAGCUUCCAACACUUUGGAAUAGAUUGAAAAGGGAAUCUUUUGAAUAAAAACUUUAAAAAUAUUUAUACUCUUGAGGUAAUGAGAGUUUGUCUAUUAAACAUUUGGAGUUUUCUUCCCUAACUACUCCCAUCUGCCUCCCAGGUAUGUUUCUCAGCCUGGGCAGAAUUUGCUUAUUUUGAGUUCCUUUAUUAGUAGCCUAUGGCUCCAGGCUCCCAUCUUUCCAAAGAGGAUUAUUUAAAGAGUUUCUGCGGUCGAUGUUUUCUAAGAUUGACAAUGACCUAGGAAAUGUACUUGGGGGGUUGAUUUUUUUUUUUUUUUUUAAAGCCCCUAAACCUUACAGUUGCUUCUUCUAGAGGGCUAGAAGAGAAACUUUCAAAUCAGCCACAGCAAGUUAGCAGUACUGCUGGAAAGCUGAAGAGGGUCUCAGGCCAGAUGUCUGGCUUUUGUUCUAGCCUAAGACACAAGUUCCUUGAAUAAAGAGAGUUUUUAGGGGCCCAUUGGGUUUUGUGGGCUCCACUGUAGUCAGGGUGCCCAGACUGAGGUCUUAAAGGGGGAAUGCCUUUUUAUCCAGCCAGUCUGCGACCUCUAGUUUUUCCUGAUUCUGGACUGGGUCAAGGUUGAAAAGGGAGAAAGGCAGGCUGCUUCUCCUAGUCCGGUAAGGCUCUCUUCUUAGAUGACAAGGGUAUAUGGAGAGAAGUGCACAAAAGAGGGAGGCACUGAGGAUCCUGAGGACUGUGGAGAAACUGGAUUCCUUUCCCAGCCUACAAGGUAGCAUUCCAUGCAUGAGGUGUACUAGACUGGGUGGAUUUUGUAAAUUAACUAUUCAGCCUCCCCACCCCCCAGAAAAGGGCCAGUAAAGAAAUUAUUUUUGGUUAUAUUUUUAAUGAUGUAUUUGUUACAGAAAUGCAAAUGAGAAACCAGAAAAGGGAGCCGUUAGGGAAGGACUUAAAGGGUCCUUCCAGGUUUGACUUCAUGAUGCAAGGAAUUCAAGCUUCCACAGUAGCUCUGCGCCAAUGUUUGACUACAGGAAAAGCAAUUUUGCAAAGGGAUCGAAGAUGGGUGUGUAUGUAGGAUUUGUAGUCAUUUCUGGGAAGUGAAAGGUCUCUGGUCCUUUUAACCUAGAAACAGGUUUUCUGUUUAAUGGGUGAGCAGUAAUUGUGUGGAAGAGGCCAAAUGCGUGCCCCUCAGGUAAACCAGUGCACUCUUCACUUUAACAAUGUAACACCAGGGUGGUGUGAAGAGGGGCAGGAUAUGGAUGCAAUUUUGAAAAUAGGCAAAUAUUUGAGGGUAACUACAAUACAUUGAAUACGUAUUGGGAAAUUCUUGGUUUUCAGCAAAUGGCUGAGUUUGUGGUUAGUGAUUAGAAAGCUGUAUGAGAUGAAGUGUUGCUUCAUUGAAAUGCUCUUCCCCCAUCCCUGCCAUAUUUGAAUGUAUCAUUACCCCACCUAUUGUAAUGACUUUGCUGUGCUUCAGCUGGUUGCCUCAACAGUAUUUCCUUAUCUGUGCCAGAUGUGCUCACAUCUGUGAGAUGUGAGAUAGGUCCCAGACAACCAUGUCUACCCUUCCGAUAAGAAGUAUUAGAGCUGGGUAAAGAUCCCAAUUUCAACCAAGCCCACAGGCCCAAAGAAAUCCAACUGAAAAUGUACAGGGCAGUGUUUUUGACAUCAAAACUUUCCUAAGGAAGGCACAAACUAGCCUACUUAGGAAGAAGGGAUUAAGCCACAAAGUAUUUAAUCAGUCUUUGAAACAGUCUUGAUUUCCCAGAGGUUGAUGCCAAAUUCAGCCCUCAUUGCUGGAGCCUGUAGGAUGUGGGACUCCAUAGUUCGUGUGAUGGCCUCAAAUACUAUACACUAUGCCAAAUUGCAUUAAACAAUAGUGGGAAAUUACUGGGAUAAGGACUUGGGUCUAAAAGUUGAAGAACCAAAAUAUCCGUAUUUAGGACUUUGGUUUGCCACAUUUAAAGUGAAGUCUUGAGUGUAGUGAAGCCCAGUAGUAGACCCAAUUAUGCAAUUAUAAGGGCUGGAGAGAAGAUGCUGCUAGGUUUGUUUUGUUUUAGCUGCCUGCUUUCGCCUUUUUCUUGUGUCUCUAAUGUUUGAUUAGUGAUGACUUGAACAUCUUGGCAACUGACAAAGGUCUUCAGUGGUGGACUCUAGCAGUAUCUUGUUUAGAAAGGACUAUUAAAAGUACAGUAUGUUGAGACUCACUUGAGGACAUUCACAUUGAUCCUCAACUUACUCCAUAAUCUGUUUUUUGAAUCUUAUAGGGUGGUUCCCACUCACCCCUUUCAGAAUUUAUUCCUAUAAACUGUAAUUAUAGCAUAUAUCCAGUUUAAUCUGGACUGGGGGCCGUGUUUUAGUGAGGAUCUGCAGGUGUUUUUUUCUUACUGAAAGACAGACUUGAGCACUGGUUGAGACACCAAGAUGAUUUAUAUAGCUUUGAGUAACCGUCAGGUACGGCGGCAUCACAUCCUCCCUAUUCCUCUUGGAAACUAAGCCUGCUUUCAUAGAUACCUUUUUCCACCAUGCACCUUCCCUUCUUUCAAUAUAAUCUUGGAUAAUGCCAAAGGAAGCCAUUCAACAGAAGCACACCUCCCCCCCCCCCCACCCACCGCCCCUGCCAUUUAUUCUGGGGGAAGUGUCUUCCCUCUGACUCUGGUCCCCAGCCCCGAAUCUGUAAUAAACUCCUCUUACCUGUUGCACUAAUGAAUAUAAUUCUAGGUUUCAAAGGGGGAAUUUGAAGCAAUAGGCAAAUGGGGCUUGGAUGAAUUGGUCCUACAGAUACCCUGCCUUAACCCACUGAGGUGAUGAGUCCACUACUCAUGUGACCCUCCACCUUUGUGGAUUCCUCUUGGUUUGUGACCAGUCUGUCUGUUUCUUGAGGUUGUACAAACUUGUUGACAAAGGUCAAUACUUUUGUUUGUAUUCUCUGCACUGUUGCACUCUCCAAAUGGCCCCUUGAAUAUUUUUAACUUGUUACACACGUUUUGGUCUUUGUCUACAUUUUUCUUUUGAUGUUUUUGUUUUUUUAUUUGAAAGGUUACCUGCUGUUGGAUUUAAUAAAUUUGUUUACUUGACUGUUGACAAUUGUGAGAGAGAAAAAAAAACAAAACAAAACCAGUGACUUAAUUCUGGGGCAAGAUUUACCCACCAGGAGCCUCUUCCAACGUGAUAUUGGAUAGCAGUUUCUAUGCUUUGGAAAAUAAUCCAGAUGGUACAGGAUCCUCAGACUUCAAACAUGGAUGUUGACUUCCCACUCACAAACUUAAAGGCCUUUGGGUCAUAAUACUUGUAGGCAAAAGGCAAAUGAGUCCUCAGAGGGCCACUACUUAAAUAGUCUUACCAGAACAACUGAUUUGGAUUCCCAUGAGGAACAAAAAGUGAAUGUGAGCACUGUGCUAAUGGAUGGCUCCUACAUCAGGUUGGCAGUGAUUAAGGCAAAGGAGACCAGCUGAAACUGUCAAGUGCCACUGCUGUGUGACCUUUGGCAAGUUAGUGAAAUUCUGAGUUUCCUUAUACUCAUCUGUAAACUCAAGAGACUAUUUCCAUCAGAGUGUUAGGAUUUAAAAGAGUCUUUAUAAAAAGCACCUAAAUCACGUAAGUUUAAGGUUUCCAAAAGGAUGUCAGGUGAGUAAUGGCAAGGAAUCCAAAGAGGAGAUGGGGGGGUUGGCAUGAUCACACAUGACCUUUCACAAGUCACUACCCCUCCUGGGGGCUUAACGUCCCUCUGUGCCAAAUUGGGGGGUGGGGGAAUGGGAGUGCUUAGACUAACAUGAUCCCUGAUGGCUCUCUUUGGCUCAUACAUCCUAGAAGUCUGAUUAUGGUAGACCAGUUACGACCCUUAGCUUCCUUUCAUUGUAUUUUCUGUCUUGUUAUUGUUUGUAUUCAGGAAAGCUAUUGGCCAGCCAUCUUACUCACUUCUUUGAUGGAGGCCCUAAUGACCUUCCUAAAGAUUUCCAGCCUCAUGUUGGUAUCUCCUAAAAAUAAGUAAGUACAGUGGUGGGACUAGAUGUGCUUUUGUUUUUCCUUUCAGUUGGAAAGGAUUUGGGAGUCAUGGCUACAUCCUCUAGCUAGGGACAGGGUUAUAGGGUUUCCUCAAUGAACUGGAAUUUUUUUUCUUCUCUUACCCUUAUUACCAAGGUUAGCAUCAGAUGGAGGCUGGAAGGAAACCUAGGGGAGGAGUGGUGACUUUUUUCCCCUCACUUAAAGUGCAUCUCCAAAACAUGUACUUAUUCCCCAAUUGGCUCUUGGGCUUGUGUCUGCUGUGCUUUGGCCUUUCUGAGGUAUUGAGCCCAGCCAGGGCCUUAACAAACAGAGGUUUGGAGAAUUACACAGUGAAAGAUACUGAUUUGGGUGCUUAUAUAGAGCCUGGAGCUAUUCAAAGUGUUGUUAUGGUGCUAUACAGCUGUAUAGAUAAUAUAGGGCUAAAAUCCAAUUUAUUUUUUGAUGAGGGGCAAGCAACUUCUUCACACCAGAGAUGAGCUUAACUCUGCAUAUAGAAUGGACAGUUCGUAGCAAGAGAGAUACAACAGAAGGUAGUGCUAAGGGUCCAGAGACGUACAGAAGAGUCACCCUCGCACUGGCCUCUUCUCUCUUCUCAAAUCCAGUUGCCAAAAGCACAUGGCUGGGUUGCCUCUAGAAGUCCUCUCUUAGCUCUGGGUUUUGAUCUAGGCUCAAAAGGGUUAGUCUGCCUGGAAAGGAAAGGUAAGGGAGCCAGCCCAACUUCUCCCAUUUCCUUUCCUUUGCUAUGACUUUUCAGGAGGCCCUGUCUUUUGAAAGCCAUAAGGCUCUUAUCUGGGCUUAAUAUUCUUCCUAUGUAAUGUUCCAACCUUGAUUCUCUUGCCUUAGGGGUGCUGAAAAAGUCCUAGUGAAAUAUGGCAGCAGUGCAGUCAACAACAAAGCAUCUGACUGUAGUGUUGUAUAAUCCAUGCUGAUGGGGACUCUCCAUGGCCCUGUGUUUAUCUGGGGUGGUGCUGCUGAAAUUGCUAGUAUGUUAAAAUAUAGAGCUACAAAAUGGUAAGGCACCUUUUGUAAGAAAAGACAGAAGAAAACAGUGACACAGGCUCUUGCAUACAUGGCCUUACAUAGUAAAGGACACAUCCUCCGUGAUUGGGUAAGUAGAGAUAGAUAAAUGGGUAAAAUCUAAAUAUUUGGGGAAAAGUUGUCACAUGCCAAAAUAAAUUACAGGAAGAAUAAAAGUAAAAGUGUAAAAAUUAAAUUAUUCAAAAAAAUACAUAUACACACACACUUGUCAGUGGCUAUUAAUCUCUGAAUCAAGACUUUCUAAAUACAAGAGCAAAUAGAACAAAUCAUAAAAGACUUCUAAAACUAUCUUUAAAAAGUAGAAACAUUUUUACAAUAAUAAACCAAUGGGACACUGUACUUAAUCCAUAGGGAGACCUUAAAGAAAAACAACUGGCCAAAAAGCUUCUGAAAAAAAUAGAUGUGAAUCUACAGGAUAUUCAAAUAAAUAGAAAUUAAAGCUGUA